AUGCUUCUAACACCAAUCAUUAUAUUGUCGUUGUUUUCGUUACCCGACGAUGUGCAUUGUGCGCGUAUAUUGGGCCUAUUCCCUCAUCCCGGCAAAAGUCACUUUAUGGUGUUCGAGCCUUUACUGAAAAGAUUAUCCGAAUUAGGACACCAUGUUACAGUUGCAUCUUUUUUCCCACCGGAAAAUCCACCAGAUAACUACACUCACAUCACGUUCGAUGGAGCCGCUGAACCCAGAUUGGAUAUACUGGAUUUAACAACGAACGAUAAUGUACAUUUUAUUAGAAGAAUACCCUUCCUCGGUGGGAUUAUCAAGCAGAUAUCGGAUUUCAAUCUGUUGGCUGAUCUAGCGUUAGCUAUGUGUAAGAAAGUCAUAGAAUUUGAGCCGUUAUCUAAAAUUCUAAAGGAGGAUUAUGAUUUGGUGUUCAUAGAGGUUUUUAACAGUGAUUGUGCUCAAGGUAUCCUGCAUCAGUAUGGAAUUAAAGCACCCAUUGUGGCUUUAUCCUCGUGUAGCAUAAUGCCAUGGGCAUCGUAUCGUAUAGGAGUGACGGAUAAUCCGGCGUAUGUGCCUGUUAUGGGCACAUUUCAUACUCCAACAAUGUCAUUAUUACAACGGAUUGAAAACACAUUUAUGUUGAUCUACCAUAAUUUGUGGUAUCGGUACAAAGUCCAAGUGAAAGAACAGGCUAUAAUUGAGAAUUAUUUUGGACGAAAGAUGGAAGAUUUGGAUUCACUGUCUAGGAAUAUAUCAUUGUUGCUUGUUAAUACUUUUCAUCCACUGAACGGUGUUAAACCACUCGUACCAGGUGUGGUAGAAAUAGGAGGGAUACAUUUAAAUCCAAAUAGAAAAAAUAUUCCAGGGUACAUCGAAAGAUUUCUGAACGAAUCGAAACACGGCGUCAUCCUAUUGAGCUUCGGUUCCCUCAUCAAAACAUCAACUAUACCUAAGUACAAGGAGGACAUCAUUAUUAACACGUUAUCAAAGUUCAAACAACGAGUGAUAUGGAAGUAUGAAGACAGCGACCCAGAAGGUACACUUGUGGGAAACAUUCUGAAAGUAAGAUGGUUGCCGCAAUUUGAACUUUUACAACAUGAAAAAGUCGUGGCUUUUAUAGCUCAUGGUGGGUUGUUGGGUAUGACGGAAUCCGUGUACUCUGGAAAGCCGAUGGUCGUGGUGCCGUUCUUCGGAGACCAACCCUCAAACGCCGCGGCCGCUGCUAACGCGGGCUUCGCUAAGAUCAUCUCUUAUGUAGACAUGACAGAGAAGGAUUUGGGUGAUGCUGUGACGAGCGUCUUGAGUGACGAAAUGCGACAGAACGCACGUAGAGUUUCAAAAAUGUGGCAGGACAGAGAGUCAGCUCCACUUGACACGGCUGUAUACUGGACGGAGCGUGUUUUAAGAUGGGGACACUCAGGUCAACUUCACACGGCCGCAAGAGACUUGUCGUUGUAUGAACUUGCCCUUAUAGAUGUUUUUGCUGCGUAUGCCCUUGCCUUAACAGUUAUUCUGUUGUCUAUGUGGUUCAUUCUCACAAAGUUGAUGAGGUUAAUUAUGAAGGAAACAAAUAUUCUCGGAUUAUUCCCGCAUACAGGCAAAAGCCACCAUAUGGUUUUCGAACCAUUACUUCGCCGGCUCGCGGAAAGAGGUCAUAAUGUUACCGUGGCAUCAUUCUUCCCGAUGGAUAAUCCACCAGAAAACUACGAACAGAUAAGUUUCCUGGGACUGGCUGAAUUGAGACUGGAAUCUUUGGACUUGGAGAUUUUUGAAAGGACAAAUUUACUCCCAAAAAUACCUAUCAUUGGUAACGUCGCUAAAGCCCUCUCCGCGCUUCCAUCUUUGGCUAAAUCGGCCUUGGAUGUUUGUGAACGUGUUGUCAAACAUCAAGAAUUAAUACAGGCUCUUAAGAACAAAUACGACGCAGUCAUAACCGAAAAUUUUAACAGUGACUGCAUGUUAGGUCUCCUUCAUGCGUAUGAAGUAGAUGCUCCUGUAAUUUCCAUACUAUCUGGAACACCUAUGCCCUGGACCGCUCAACGUAUUGGAGCUGAUGACAAUCCGGCUCACGUCCCAGUAAUCUUAUCGGAUUUGACUUCUAGAAUGUCGUUCACGGAAAGAUUGGAAAAUACUCUAAUCAAUAUACUAUCCAAGUAUUUGUUUUACCAUGAAAUACAAACGAAAGAAAGAUCGUUCAUUGAGAAAAGAUUGGGAAAAAUUCCACAUCCACACGAACUAAGUAAAAAUAUGUCUUUGAUAUUAUUAAAUUCGUUCCAUGCUUUAAAUGGUGUUAAGCCGUCUGUACCUGGGAUGGUGGAAGUUGGUGGGAUUCAUUUGGCAACCGAUAGAAAACCUUUACCAACUUUCAUUGAAAAAUUCGUCAACGGAUCGGAACACGGCGUGAUAGUGUUCAGCUUCGGUUCACACAUAAAAACUAAAACACUUCCUAAAUACAAAGAGGAGAUAUUCUUGAGGGCACUCUCAAAAACAAAACAAAGGGUUAUAUGGAAAUUUGAAGAAAGCGACGAGGAAGGAACACUAAUUGGAAAUAUCCUCAGGGUCAAUUGGAUUCCCCAAUAUGAACUACUAAACCAUGAUAAUGUAGUGGCUUUUAUAUGCCACGGAGGUUUAUUGGGAAUGACAGAGGCUGUAUCUUCAGGGAAACCAAUGCUCGUUCUACCGUUCUUUGGAGAUCAAUUCACGAAUGCCGAAGCCGCAAGCGAAGCCGGGAUCGCGAGGGUUGUAUCAUACAACGAUCUCUCUGAAGAAACCUUUACCAACGCACUAAAUGAAGUAUUAAGUGCACAAACUCGUGAAACCGCUAAGAGAUUAUCGAAAAUUUGGAAAGACCGGGAAUCUUCACCCCUCGACACAGCUGUUUUUUGGACGGAAAGAGUAAUUCGAUGGGGGAAGGCAGCGCCACUACAUUCUACAUCAAGAGAUCUACCAUUCUACCAACUAGCGCUACUAGAUGUUGCUGCAGCUAUUAUUGUAGCUACUAUUUUAUUUAUUACAGCCAUAUGUUACAUUCUAGUUACAAUUUUACGUGUUAUUUCAAAAAGUUCUAAGGAAAAAAUGCAUUAA